AUGCCGAACUGUCAGAAUCGUUUGAGACGAGGCCUCACCUUCAUUACGGGCCUGGUGGAGUGUCUAUGUUUUGCAGGCAUCAUAUUUGGGUGGGCCUCACUUGUUUUCAUCCUCAAGAAAGAUGGUUACUUUAACUAUCUGUGUGUCAACGCCACAGGAAUCAAUGGUUCCCAGUUCUUAGAUUGCAGUGGACAGGAUGAGCAGUUUUCUCUGGUCUUCACCAUUGCAUCCUUCAUGAAUAAUUUCAUCACAGUGGCAAGUGGUUUCAUUUUCGACCACUUUGGCACCACAGUGGCUCGACUCUUGGGAAUAGGUUUUCACACAAUGGGUACGUUGAUGGUGGCCUUCUCAAAUUCAGCUCUAUCCGUCCUGCUUUUCCCAGCCCUUUCUUUCAUAGCUGUGGGCGGCAUCAUGUUGCUACUCACCAACAUGCAGGUAGGAAACCUUUUCGGAACUCAUCGUUCAACCAUCAUCACUCUUUACAACGGGGCCUUUGACUCUUCCUCAGCACUCUUCUUAAUCAUCAAGUUGGUAUACGAGUCUGGCAUCUCUCUCUUCGCCUGUUUCCUAUUCCUGUCGGUCUGCAGCAUCAUUCACGUGUUGAGGACUUUAUUCUUGUUUCCCAAAACCUUCAUCCCAUACCCGCUGCCUGAUGGCUAUACAUACGGGUUAUCCUGCAGCAAACUAAAUGCUGCUAAGCAGUCUAUGAUUGUGAGUUCACAAAAAAACGCAGAGACGGAGCAAUUUGCAAGUGAGGCUCCUGCAAAACAAGAUAAAACUUUACGUGAGUGUGUCCUGUCUCGAUUAUUCAUAUGGCAUGUAGUCUGGUUGUCAGUAAUCCAGUUGAGACAUUAUCUGUUUAUUGGAACCCUCAAUCCUACGCUUGUAAAGUUAACUGAUGGGGAGCCUUCACUUGUGAGCCAGUACAUUAAUGCUUUUGCCAUUACCCAGCUGUGUGGGGUGAUAUGUGCGCCCUGGAAUGGCCUCAUCAUGGACAGGAACAAGCGUAAAGCCCGAGCAGAAGGUAUGAGUGAACAAGAGUCAGACCUGAACUCCUCAGUUCUGUCUCUCUUCCUGACAUCGCUGAUGGCGUUAGUGUUCUCAAUCUGUGCUGCGACACCGUUCCUGCAACUUCAGUACUUUACUUUCAUCAUCCAAGUUCUUAAUCGCUCCUUCCUAUACGGUGGCAACGCAGCAUUUCUAAGUGUGGCUUUCCCAUCGUGCCACUUUGGGAAAUUGUACGGCCUCAUCAUGUGUAUUUCGGCAGUCUUCUCUUUGCUCCAGUACGCCUGCUUUGCUUUGGUAAAGUCAGUUCUGGAUGGAGAUCCUUUAUAUGUAAACAUCGCUCUGACAUUGGUGAUCCUGCUCGCCUUCGUCCACCCCCUGUCCGUUUUUUUGCAUUGUCGAGGCCUUGCAUCUCAACGAGCUGUGGCGCGACUUUGA